CGUUCACGUCACGAGGUGAGCACCAUCACACAGACGCGAAGGCUCUACUUAAACAGCGCAUCGCUACGGGGACCUGUAGUUUCUCUUUCCCGUGCGGGGUCUCUCAAUAUGUGGGUAACUACAACACACUACGGGACAAUGGAGGGGUGGGUAGUCAUACUAGUGACUGCCCUGGCAGCUUUGACACGCCCGGUCACACCUAUACCCGUUGGGGAAAAGGAGACGUGCCAUACGCCCGUAGGCCUGGCGUCCGACGCCCUGAAUCCAUUGGUGGACUUCGAACUGGCGGCGUCUGACGGCAACGCCAGCAACGUCCGGUUGAAUGGACCGUCGUCAUGGAAGGUCCACAGUCUCAACAACGAACCAUUUGUACAGGUGACUCUCUCUAAACCAAUGUUGAUCACCGGAAUACAGACCCAGGGAGACCCGGAUGAGAGCGCUUGGGUCGUGCAGUUCCGGGUCGCCUACAGUCGGGAUUGCGAGGCGUACACCAGUGGGGGCUCGUCGUACUGGGCCAACAUCAACAACAACACAACGCUGACACAUUUCUUCCACAACCUGACGCUAGCCAAGUGUAUGCGGAUAUUCCCCACCCAGCACGAAGGCUCCUUCUCGGCACUCCGACUUGAACUACUUGGCUGUGAUAUAGAAGAAUGUACAAAUAAGUUAAACGUUUAUUCAAGCGAAGUUAUACCGCCCGAGAUUGGCGAUCAGCCUGGUGUACUCAUCAAGUUAACGUCAGAAACUAUUUUGACGUCACUGGCUGUGACGUAUGAAGCACGUGCUCACGAUGAAGUGCAGCUGGAUCUGGAAUACAGCCGGUCAUGUGUCAACUAUACCGCUGUCCACAACGGCCAGGUCACCCAGCUGUACAGGAGCCCCGAGGAUUCCCCGAGACAGGUGUCUGUGAUAGCGUUCUACACCCCUGUCCGGGCCCAGUGUGUCAGGGUCACCCCUGUAGGCCGCACCGUCCUGGAAUCCGUCAAACCAUACGGAUGUGAUGCCACAAUAACAGAAGGAACAUUCGCAGAGUGUGGACGAACAAGGAAGACGUCGGGCAUCCGCCGGAAGCGCGUGGUCGGCGGUGACCCCGUGACCCCUGGCGACUGGCCUUGGUUGGUGUCCAUGCACUUCCUCAAGUGGCACAACUUCACCAACUCUUCUGGACUUAGACAUCUGUGUGGCGCCAGUCUCAUUGGCAGGGAGUGGAUCCUGUCUGCCGCUCACUGUUUUGACCCCGAUGUGUUCGAUGGUCUGGACGACCCCGACAACUGGCGUGUGGCUCUCGGGGAACAUGACCAGAGCUCUGCCGACGGCACAGAACAGCUGAUGGAGGUGGAAAGUAUCACGACGCAUCCCAACUUUACAAUCUCCAACGACGGCCCUAUCUUGUUCGACAUAGCGUUGUUGAAACUGAAGCAGCCGGCAGUGUUGUCGGACUACGUCAACAUGGUGUGUCUCGACAGGGUGGGGGAUUUCCCCCCGGGGUCAAGGUGCAUCGUCUCAGGGUGGGGACAAGACACCACAGACACGCCGGGAACAAAACUGCCAUUCAUGACCUUCCUGCCGAUCAUGGAGGCUGAUGCAUGCCGGGACAAGUAUAACGCACUUCCGGAGGAUCACAUGGCGCGGACGAUGGUGAGAGUGGACGACUCCGUGUUUUGUGCGGCAACCGAGACAGGAGGACAAGAUGCUUGCUAUGGAGAUUCGGGGGGACCUUUCAUAUGCGAAAAAGAUGACCAGUGGUACCAGGUGGGGAUAGUGUCCCUCGGCUACAUCUGCGGUGACCUUCAGUACCCCGGCGUCUACACCAAGGUGGCCCACUACAGAGACUGGAUCGAUGACAUCAUCUCCAACUACAACUACACCAACAACUGAGGACGACGUCAUCACUCAGCAGGGACCUCGUGAACGCUAUAGCCAUAUCUCAAAAGAUGCUACCACUACAGAAUGGUAGACCAACGACCUCGGUUGAGACGCUGGAUGAAAGGAAUUACCUCAUAAACUCCGAUGAUCUGAAGUUGAAUCAUGAACUCAUCUUGAAUCAUGUCCUGGACUAUAUCGCAGCAACUGUAGAUAUAUAUACUAUAUACAUGACGCGUGGGCUGACCUUGGUAAAACAUCAGUAAUUCGUAGCCUGGCGUUCAGCCCACCGAUGCCCAUUGGAAUUUUCAUCAUCAUACUUGUCACAUUAUGCUUUAAGUACAAGCAGCUCGCCACGGCCGCGCAUUAUUGCCGUUGUAGUCGUUACUCUAAUGAAGAGCGGGGAGGGACUUAACGUUCCCGGACAACGCGCCAUACCAGAAAGAAGCCCUGUUGGGAUGGGGAGGCUGGCGUGGGGAAGGGGGAGGGGUCAUGGGUGUGAUGUGAGAACGGUGUGUUCAGAUAUAUUUCAAAUCUACCCUUGGCGUAGCUGGUAGAUUGAGUCAAAGAAAACUGGUAUUAUCAAGUUAUGUUUGAUAAUUACUUCAUCCCCGUUGUGUCGAGGUAUCUGACUGCCCAGUCUUAACGUAACCAAGAAUAUAAACUAAAGGCAACGUACAUUUCUGUCCUGAGGGAUGUUCAAGUGUAGGAACAGAUUCAGUAGCGCUUGAAGAAAGUUGUGAGCGGUUAUACUUUUUGCAGUCAUUUUUCACGUAUUGCUGAAGCUUUCCUUAAGUUAUACUGAAGGGUGUAAGGCGCCGCAAAUUGUGCACCAGAGUUAUGUCCCUUAGGUGCGCCAUGAUCCGCUAAUCGUGGGAUCGAAUCCUAGAUUCGACCUGAUGUGGUCUUGGUUUGUCAGCUUCAUAUAAAACAAUAAACGACAGAGACCUGCAUCAAUUGAAGUACUGUUCACGGCGGUGUUAUAACAAACUUACUUAAUUAUAUAGCCCGAUUAAGUAGGCUGACGCUAUUCUAUAAUCCGCGACUUGCGAUAAAAGUACAAAUGAGGUUAGCAAUUGGUGUAUGGGUAUUGUCGGUUGAGGGUAUAGGAUUAGCAGGUAUUAUGUACAUUACAUGUGUUAAAAUUGUUUAAGCAUGCCAGAUAUACUUCUCAAAAGAAGUUAAAAGAAAACCCAAUGUUUUCGUAUGACUAUAUUUAAUCUGUCAUGUCAGACAGAAUAACUAUAGUCAUAUGAACAAUCGGGUGUUCUUCAUCUUCCCGAGGCAAGAGCGUUAACUGACUAUAAAAGUCCAGUUUCAACGAAUAGAGAUGAACGAUGCUGAAAAUUGGUUUCGACAAUUGAGACAUCCUGUUGGCAGUUUUAUUCUUUUGCGGUCCAUGUACAGACGGGAUGGGUAAUUGCUUGUACGUGUGAGAGAUGCCUUUCAAUUAUGACGUCAAUGAUGACGGAACGAGUAGACACAACACAAUCAAGAAUGUCGGUCGUGCAUAGCGUCAGUAUCAUAUACCUUGCCAAAUCCAUUAGGAACACGCCCUAGUAGGCCGCCAGUAUAUAACUGGUUUGUUUAUUUGAAAACGCAAACGCUUGAGAGUAUCAUUUCCCAAGGUGCUGUAGACAGAACCCAGUUUGUGCAUUUGCGUAGUCAGAAGCUCGGUUGUGGAGCUUGACAAGUGAAGCUGGAUAUUAGUUGAAUUUGCAUUACGAACAAAGCUCGAAUAUAAUUAAAACAAUUUUGUUAUCUAGGUUAAAUUUUGUUUUGAAUUUUAGGAAAUGACUUGUUUGUUUUUGUCCUGUUCAAUAUGAAUUGAUAUGUAUACAGGAGGGAGAAAAUGCACAAAUCAUCUUUAUGUAACAUUUGUUUUAUGUAAUAUUUGUUUUAUACUAUUUUAUAUUGAUGUUGAAAUAUAUAUUAUACAUAUAUGUACUUCUCUUUAUGUUGUAAAAAGUUAUCAUUGGUGAAUAAAAUUGUUACAUGAUUUUCUAAAACAGUCGUGCUC